AAUGAAUAACAGGUCUGUAACCUCCUUGAAGAGUCAUGCUUUGUGUGUAUUUACAGUAAUCUUGAUAAAGUAAUUAAUUUAAUUAAUAUUAGUGCAAAUUUGACUCGAAAUGUCGCAUAAGAAACGUUUUAAACAAGGCAGGGAAAGGAAGAGGUUGGACGGCGUUUAUAACUCUUUCGAAGGGAUGUCGCUUAACGAGUCCAGAGUCUGCAGUUUUCAAGUCGCCAUGUGGGAUUUCAAGCACUGCGACCCGAAGAAGUGUACGGGGAAGAAGCUCGAAAGGCUACACUUGAUCAGGACCUUGAAGAUCGGGCAGAAGUUCAGUGGCGUCGUACUGUCCCCAAUAGGAGAAAAGUGCGUGUCGCCAGAAGAUAGGGAGAUUGUACUACGUGGUGGGAUUGCCGUCGUCGACUGUUCCUGGGCAAGGAUUGAAGAGGUACCGUUUGAAAAGAUGCGUACUCAACAUCCCAGACUUUUACCGUUCCUAGUCGCAGCGAACCGUAUCAACUACGGUAAACCUCUCAAGCUUUCUUGCGUUGAAGCAAUAGCAGGUCUUCUUUACAUAACAGGCUUUAAAGAAGAGGCGGAGAAAUACCUCGAUAAGUUUUCAUGGGGUCUUCACUUCCUCGAGCUGAAUGGUGAACUCCUCAACAAGUAUUCGGAAUGUAAAAACAGCACGGAAGUUGUCCAAGUGCAAAAUGCUUAUAUCGAAGAGGGAAUUGACACAAGAAACAAACGCCAACUAAGUUGUGAUCAGUCUUCAGAAGAGGAAGAUUCUGAAGAUGAAACUUGCGAGAUGAUAGGCUUGGGCCAUUUGGAAGUGGGUCAAGAUGUAUCAUUCUCCAAUUCAUCCCGAGUGGCCAUUAUGCACCGCAAAUGAAAUUGGCAAGGGGAGUGGACUCGGCAUACUACAGGUGGUGCAUGCAGUGCAAUUGGGGGAGCUGGAGAAUUGGUUGGCCAUGGAACAAAGGGUUACUGAGUGAAGACCUUUGCCGAAGAUGCGGUGGGCAACCAAUAUCUCCAUGACUAGUCAAAUACAUGCCCUCUACCUUGUCGUAUUCUGUAUUUCCUGAAGCAUAGGGAUGAAGAGAAAUGUGCAGCCUUUCUACUUUCCUGGGAGCCAGGUGGAAGUGGUGGAUUUUCCUGAUUAUCGAUGUCCUUGGUGUUCUGUAAUCCAAG